AUGAUUUCUAUGGUUCUCGGACUGGUCUGUGCUGCUCCACUAUCUUCUGAUGAUAAAGAAAACUGUGUUGUCCUUACUCAUCCUACCAACGGUACCGUCUGGUACGCUAGUGGAAGCUACUUGGUUUCAUGGAAUCUCAGAAAACACUGCUAUGGAACUUAUUACACAUACAUGAUCCCAGCAACUGAACAAGAAAAUGGCGAGUAUGCUUUUGGAGUACCUUACAAGUCUCCCGAGCCAGUUGAUAUCAAUUCGGGAAUGGGUACCAUAGAUCUUGCUGACCACGUAACUCCCGGUAGUUAUGCCUUUGCCGUCGCCAAAUAUGAUGGAGAAGGCAUGGACUAUAAUGAUUUUGCGCUUGUCAAUCUUGCCUACAUUUAA